AUGAAAAAGCUACUUAGAGAAGAUGAGGACACACCCAAGCAGACUUUCCGUUUAAUGUGCGUGGCCAUCCUGGUCAUAGCAGCUCACCUGUUGCCAACUGAUGCUGCUGUCCGUGUGUGGGGCUUGCAAGCCUUUAACUUGGACGGCGAUCCUAUUGGCCCCCCUGACCCCUACAUCAAAGUCUGGUGUGGCUCCAUUUUUGGUGGCAUGUCUGAGUUCCGCCAGGACAAUGCCAACCCUGUAUGGAGUGCCGAAUUCUACUUUCCCAACUGCAAAGCUAAAGACAUCCUGAAACUGGAGGUGUGGGACAAGGACCUCACCUAUGACGACUAUCUGGGCACCUGCACCAUGAAGGUGCAAUCUGGCACUUACUUAUAUCGUACCUGCAUGGUGGGCAGAGGCACACUGAGUUACAACUAUGAGCUCAAAUAAAUGUCUGAAGUCUCUCUGCUGCUAAGAGCUUCUAACAGCAAUUAGAAUGCCAUAUCUUAUGCUUCUUUGCUUCCAAGUCUUAACAUGUCUUUGAAAUCAAUUAAAGACCAAUAUUAAAGUAAUUUUCAGCAAA